UAUCCUUCUCCAAUUCAUUCCCAAAUUCAUAUACUUUUUUUUUUUCAAUCUCAUUCACAAAUUCUUAAUAAACUUCCUUAAAGAAAAAACUUAAUAUACUUGCGCUUCAAAUUUUGUUAAUUCAACCUAAGUAGCCAUGAAGAGACAGAGAGAUUUCGAAGGGUUAGAAAACAUAGAUUUAGCAAAUUGUCUAAUGAUGCUCUCUUAUCCCCAACAUCAACCACAAAACAAUAAACCAAAUCAAAAAAGUUUUGCACCAGUGGAAUAUGAGUGCAAAACGUGCAACAAAAAAUUCCCAUCCUUUCAAGCACUAGGUGGCCACAGAGCUAGCCACAAAAGAUCAAAGCUAGAAGGGGAUGAAUUACUAACAAAUUCUACAUCUUUGAGCUUAGGAAAUAAGCCCAAAAUGCAUGAAUGUUCCAUUUGUGGGCAAAAUUUUUCAUUGGGGCAAGCAUUGGGUGGACACAUGAGAAGGCAUAAAGCUAUUAUGAACGAAGAGGUUUCUUCAAUGGAACAAGUUGUUAUGAAAUUACCAGUUUUAAAGAGAUUGAAUAGUGCAAGGGUUAUGUGCUUGGACUUGAACUUGACACCAUUGGAGAAUGAUUUGAAGUUGUUGUUUGGAAAGAUGGCUCCUAAUCUUGAUGUUUUAGUUUGAUUCUUUGUUUUUGUGUACAUUUUUUCUUUGUAAACACCAAUUUUUUGAAUU